UUGGAGACGAAAUGGCGGAUUAUCCAGAUAGAAAAGUUCGAGAUGCCCAGAUGAGGGCUACAAUCAAUCAGAAACUGGUUGAAACUGGGGAAAAAGAAAGGUUGAAAGAAUUACUUCGAACAAAACUUAUUGAAUGUGGAUGGAGGGACCAACUAAAAGCUUAUUGUAAAGAGGUUGUGAGGCAGAAAGGACUUGAGCAUAUCACGGUGGAUGACCUUGUUGCAGAAAUUACUCCGAAAGGCAGAGCUCUUGUACCAGACUCUGUAAAAAAAGAACUCCUCCAGCGAAUCAGGACCUUUCUUGCCCAGCAGAGCAACAUUUAAGGAAAAAUUUACUUUGUCUGAGACGCUUCACUUAUUCAGGGAUCAAGAAUAUCCAAACUUCUAGUCGGCAGUAUGUAUUUUACACAGCCCUGUAAUGUUGCUGUGAUGUCAAAUUAAAUAUUUAGAGGACUAUUUUAGUUAUUUUAUGCCAAGUUAAGUCUUGUUCCAUUUACUGUAGGUAACGCGUAAUGAUGGAUAUUCGACAUGAGAAGUAUUUGCUUCUUUAACUUUUUGUGUUCCCCUCCCUAAAUUCUCAUUUUGAGUUUUUAUCAUUGGCCAUCUAACCAUUUAAAUUUUCCCUGUCCCUUGCCAUGCGUAUUGUGGUCACCCUACCAAUUUCACCCCCAUUUCCCUGUAAAAUGGAAUAGUCAUUCAAUGAUAAAAGUUUGAGGGCUAUUCCAUAUAUUUAAAGCACGGUGGUGAACUGGUUGUUGUAACUGCAAUUACUCAAAGCAGAGACAAUUUAUUAAUCAAAAUCACUGAAUCCUUUUUUUUUCAUAAGAAGCAAAUCCAAGUUUAAUAUUUAUUUUAAUUUGUAACACGUUUAAAACAAAUUUUUGAAUACCAAUCUUUUCAAUCAUUGGUCAGCGCCAGUCACCUGACCAACUCAUGUGACAUAAAAUAGCCAAUUGCUGAACAGUUUUAUGUACAGUACUUAUAAUGCAAACAUUACAUUUGUAGAUGUAUGGUUUCAGUUUCACCAGAUAAUUACUAAAAAAAAAGUAUUCAUUAAUGUGACAAUGGCUUUUUUUAGCCAUGAAAAAAUAUAAUAUGUCGUAUAAUAUUAGGCUGGAGGUUUUUUACUUUCAGGUGACAAUCUCAUUACAUUAAAAAUAAAAUAUUCCCUGUAAAUCAUUGUUCUUGUCACCAUUUAUGCUGGCUACUAUUUGCUUUGCUAUUUUCUCAAUUCCUGGGGGGUGCUGAAAGACCUUUUUUUUUGGACCCAGAGUGAAACAUUUACUUACUGUAUUUGUACAAUAAUUUUGUGGUUGUAUUUUUUAGUAGUUGUGUAUUUUUUUUCUAUAUUUUACUGUAGUGUUAUGUUGUAUGUGAAUGAAAACUAUUUUGAUAAAAUAAAAUAUUACCGAAUUUCAAA